AUGGCUACAAAAAGUUGCUCCUGCUACUCAGCCGUCAGCCUUGAGCACACAAACUGCCAUGGCUACAAGCUGUUCAAGUACCAAGGAUGUUGGUAUUACUACAACACUCUUCAAGGUGUUCUCAAUUUCCAGAGAGAUUUCCAGCCUCAAGACACUGAUAUAAUCCUGGCUUCUUUACCCAAAUCAGGCACCACUUGGCUCAAAGCACUCACAUUCGCGCUCUUUCAACGAUCAAAACACCUUUCAGAUGAUCAUCAUCAUCCCUUGCUUUCUCAUAAUCCUCAUGAGCUAGUGCCAUUCCUCGAGUUCGAAUUCCUUCAAAGCUCAUCACCGGACUUAACCAAGCACUCAUCAUCUCCGAGGCUACUCUCGACUCACAUGCCGUUGCACACAUUGCAAAAAGAUGUGCUUGUCUCGUAUUGGUUUUUCGCCAAUUCCAACACUAAUGGAGUGGAAAGGAGUAGCAAAAGUGAAAACAUGAAUGGAGUGGAGGACUGUAGUACAUUCGAGGCUAUGUUCGAGUCGUUUUGCAACGGAGUUAGCUUCUGUGGUUCCUUCUGGGAAAAUGUCUUGAGCUAA